AUGAAGGCCUUUCAAGUAUCUCUAUUGUUGACCUUAGUGCCCUCGAUCUAUGGACAAGGAUGUACUCAAGACCAAGACACCUUCUGCGAAGAGCAAGCCAACAAAAUCUGUGCCUUGAAAUCCGACGGGAACCCUGAGUGUGCCGGUUGUGUUGCAAAUGCAGUUGCAUUCCAAUCUGGCUGUAUUCCCUUGGAUGAAAUCGAACUCUUUGCCUAUCUAGAAGAAUUUCAAGUGGAUUACCGCACCAGCAUUUCACGUGAAGAGAGGUGGGCACUUCUUCGGCAAUCACUUCAACUCAUCAGCGAACAUCAGGCCAGGAAUCCAGACCGAACGUACGAGCUUGGUUUGACGCCAGCGUCAGCCGACAAUGAACAAGACUUGCUUCACCGAAGUGGUCUUCUUCCGGACCUAGCUGCAAGCGAGACCGCGACAAGUGCAGCCUUUCAAGCGUUUUCCUUCAAUGCUUCGAAUCCGAUCCCUUCGGCAGUGAAUUGGGUCAACGAUGGGGCUGUAACACCACCAAAGGAUCAGGGACGCUGUGCCGCUUCUUGGGCAAUUGCCACUGCUGGAGCCAUUGAAGGAGCUGCAGCAGUGUCUACUGGUCUCUUGCAGUCACUGUCGCAUCAACAGUUCAUUUCUUGUGAUUCAAUCAAUCUUGGUUGCGAAGGAGGGGAUCUCGUCACUGCCGCUGCCUAUGCUUUUGAAUACGAAGACCGGAAUCCUACUGGUGGAAUCGUAUCUCUGGCGACUUAUCCUUACACGGAUUCGGAGGGAGUGGCAACGACAGGUUGCGCCGCGCCCCGCCGAGACAUUGCGGUAGAAGUCACUUCCGGAAAGAUUGUAAUUCCAUACAACUCACUCUUGUCUUUGGAGAAGCGAAUGGAAAACAUGAAGCAGCAACUAUCCAUUCAGCCCGUCGCUGUCGCCAUCAAAUCAGCAUGUCCCACGUUUGCCAACUACAAAUCUGGGAUCUUGACUACUGACGGCGAUUGCUUUUGCGCGGAUAGUUUCUGUUUUGAUCAUGCUGUUCUUCUCGUUGGUUAUAAUGAUGAGGAUCCAAUUCCCUAUUGGAUCAUCAAAAACUCAUGGUCAACUGAUUGGGGUGAAGGAGGUUACGCUCGCAUUGCACAAACCGACACGGGAACAGCAUAUGGUUUGUUUGGAAUCAUGACUCAUGGAGUGGUUCCCGAAGUUCCAUUUGCUAUUAGGGAUCAAAGUGUGGAACCUGCCGUAGAAGACGAUGAUUUUGAGUUUGAAUGGUGGCACAUUUUUCUCAUUACUGUUGGUGCAGUUUUGGUGUUGUGUUGCCUAUUUUGGACAUGUGCCAACCUACUUGCACCAUCUCCUGAGCACCACAAACAGGAACAGUGA